GUUCUAGGUAUAUCUACUGGACUGAUUGAGGGAGGAAUCACAAUUCAUUCAUGAUUGUGCUCUCCCGCCUGUGACUCGCUCCGGGAAAUCGACCUGUCCUCGAAAGACAUGCAACCAAACGCUUGUGCGGUUCGAAAGGUGGCGGCCGAUAUGACAGGAGACGGAGCAAACGGAGAAAAGGAUCCUCGCCGAUCUCAGAAUGGUCUACCUCCUGAAAUUCUAGACAUUGUAUGGCCCGCCCUCCAAGUUGGUGGUCUCUCUGGAAUGUCUGGAAUACUUGUUGGAACGUUUGCUGGGAUACUUCGAUCGACCACUACCCCCGCGUUGUUUGCAUUGGCAUCAGGAAUUCAAUGGUUCACUCUGGGAAGCGCAUUUACAGCCUCAAGGGAAGUGGUUCUCCAGGCCUGGGGUAAAGACAAGGUCACGCCGCGGGAUAAGGUAUCGGCAAGCGCGAUAGCUGGAGGCGUUGGUGGAACAGCCGGUGGGCUUUUGCGGGGUCCAAAGAACAUAAUACCCGGCGCCAUCAUGUUUGCGCUGUGUGGAGCAGCGGGACAAACUUUAUAUAACAGAGCAGAUGCUCGAAAUGCGGAGCCUCAGGCUUCAGAGAGCAAAAAGAGUUCAUGGUUGAACUCGAAAUGGAGCCCGAUGAAAGUCCUUACAGACAGCGAGUACGAGAACAUGCUACAGGAGAAGCUUCUACGAGUCAACGUAGAGAUUGCCUUAAUUGAUGAGAGCAUAGAGAAGUUGCGAGCUCAAGAACGAGGGGAGGCAAGGGAAGUUGAAAACGAAACGAAAUCAAAAUAAGAGGUUUCUGUUACUGGUCAACGACUCUUUGUAUAACAAUUGUACUAAUAGAUAGAAAUUUGACAAACCCCGAUUAGCGCCUGCAAACUAUCAGCUGUAUGUGGUGAAACAUGACGUGAAAUCAUGCCCUGGGAAUGUAUAAGAAUGCUUUGCAAGGUAUUUUAUUUAUACAGCAGGGACUUUUCUCAGCAAUCGCGAUCCUCUUUGGAAAAUACCAUUCUGCAUCCUAAGUUCCUUGCGCUCCUGGUGGACGAAGCACUCUGCACCGCAAUCCAUUCUAUCACACAAAUGGGUCACAAUUUUGUUGGCACAAUGAGUAG